AUGAAGCUUAUCAUGGGAAUCGUUUUAAAUUAUAAUUAUAAUUAUAUUAAAACGAAGUUAUUGCCGAGGUUAUGUAGAAAAUCAUACCAUAAAAAUACAGUUGAUUACACGUGGACUUUACAUACAUUUCCAAAAUCUUUAAAAAAAUAUAAAUACUUCCUGUCGUACUAUAGAUAUGAAACGAAUGCAGCUACUGUAAAUAAAAAAAUUGAUAUUAAAUGUGGAGUUAGACCUGAACAUGAAAUAAUGCAUUCGAUAUUUGAAAAUUCAGUACAUUAUAGAAAUACUGUUUUUCCACAGUUUAAAAUAAUUCCAUCAAUUACUGUUGAAGAUAUAACAUGCCUAUAUACAACAUGUUGGUCAAAUGAAUCUGCAAAAAGCAUUCUUAAUGCUUUACAAAAAUUAGCAUAUUGUCAUCUAAAUGAAUCAGAAUUAGAAUUGUCAUACUGUGUAGAUAUUUUACAUAGUUGCACAGAAAAAUGGAAAACAUGGAAUAAUGAACAAAUAUUAAAGUUAAUGCAAUCUCUAAUUGUAUUACAUAAACCAUUAGCAUGUGUAAAUAAUUAUGAAGCAUUCAUAAAAAAAUUAAACAAUGAAUGUCUAAAACGAUUUUAUUCAUCGAAUACUGAGCAAUUGUUACUAUUGUCAGAUGCAUUUUAUCAGCUUAAUAAUAUAACUUCUGAUUAUAUGUGGCGUGCAUUAAGAAAAUUAGGAACGAAACCACAUAAACUUUCUGCAAAGUCACUAGUUCAUUUUUUAUUUCUUGUCACUGUACCUUAUAUAAAGAUACCUAUAAAUAUGUUUGAAAUUGAAUGUCAUUUAAUAAAUUGUCUAGAUGAGCUUACUGUAGAUGAAAUAGGUAUCGUAGCAAAAGGAUUUUUUUUAUAUAAGAAACAUAUUCAAAAUAAACAAUUAGCAUCUGCUAUAAUACAAAUACUUAUUAAAUAUUCCAAGACCAUAAAUAGUAACUCUUUGGGAUCAGUUAUGAAGCUUCUUAGAUAUUCAGGCAGUAACCAUGAUGUCAUUCUAUUCCAAAAGUUACUAGAAGUGUUAUGUAAAGAAAUACCACGAUUACAAUUGCCGUGUUUAACAGCCAUUGCACAUGCCACUGCAGGAUUACGUUUAUAUGAUGAAAUUCUAAUAAAUAACAUUUAUAAAAGUCUAGGAAAUACAUUGCAUUCCAGCAGAAUAAAAGAUAUAGAAAGAAUUCUUUUUGCUUUAUGUACAAUUACUCCUGAGACAGAUUACUAUGUGGCUGCAUGCAACAAGAUUAUUAAUCAUAUAAUGUUAACUUACACCACAUAUAAGGCACCUGAAAUUCACAAAUUUCCAUCAUCGUUAGUACGUAUGUUAUCAUUCUUAACAAUGAAAAAUAUAUAUAUACCGGAAUUAAUACAAUUCAUAUUUGAUCCUAAAUUUAUGAAAAACUCAUUAACAAUUGAAUACUUAAUUUUACAUUGUUCAAUUAAAAUAGACUUGCCUAAUUAUGAAGGUCCAUUACUGUCAGAAAAUAAGUAUGCAUUUCUAACAAAGAAAUAUAGUCAUGAUGAUGAAGACAUAUAUAGAAAGGACAAUUGUAUGCAAAUGAAAUGUGAAAUUGUGUUUAUUUGUAAGAACAAUUUGGGAUUAAAUGUACACGUGGAUUACAUUUUACCACAUUACUCAAGUCGAGAUAUUGUUCUUGGUUUUGACAAGUAUAACAAUUCUGUUGAAAUUGAGCCUAUUUUAUCAGCAAUGCCAAUGUAUUCAAUUAAAAGAGUAGACAGUGUAGAGUUAAAAACAAUAAAUUGGAUAAUUCUACCCAUAUUACUGAAAACAGUAAGAGUACAUGGUCAUGAGGGUUAUAUUGGAAUCAUCCAUAGAAAGUUGAGACAACUUAAAACCAUUGGAUAUACACCAAUUCCAAUUUGUCAAGAUAUUUGGAAUCAGUGCCAUAAUGAGAACAAAGCAAAAUAUUUAAAAAGUUUAAUUUAUCAAGAGACUUUUAUGUUUCCAAACGGUGUGCCUUAA